AUGCGUGGUUAUUACAACUAUUCAAAUAGACGCUAUCCUCAGUCAGCGAGAGUUCCAAAACAAAAUAAAAGGCUUCCGCCAAUGGACAAUAGUGCUCCCCAACAAAAUAACGAAAUCACAUAUGAAGAAAUAAGAGUACUACAGCUUAAAAAAGAAAACCUUUUAAAUGAAAAUCGUGAUCUAAUGGAAAAAAUCGAAAGAACAAAAGAUAUGAUGCAAAAUCCAGAUAUUUAUCCAGAGAUGCAGCAAUAUUGCGAAAAUGCUAAAAGAGAAGCCAAAAAACUAGAUUCAGUUAUAGAAGAAAGGAAGCUUGAAUAUCAAAAUCAUUUAAAUUCUGACGUAACCCAUGAAAUAUCGGAGCUGCAAACACAAUUAUCAAUCAUCAAUGAUGAAAUUAUUAGACAGAAGGAAAUGAAAAAGAAUUACGAUGGUAAAUUGAAAGAAAUUACAGAUCAACUGAAUAAUCUUCAAUCAAAGAUUACAGAUGAGACAAUACAUUGCCAAGAUACAGUUAUAACAGACCUUAAUAGAAGAAUCAAUAUACAAGAAAAACGGAAUACUGUUUUAUUAAAAAAACUUCAAGAAAUCAGAGACUCAAAAGAAAUAGAUGAUGAGUGUGAUGUUAUAGCUCAACGCGAAAUAGAUCUGUUAAAUAGCCAGAUUUCUAAAGAAGAACAAGAAAUUGAGCAAAUAGAACAAGAAAUCAAAGAACUAUCUUCUCAUGAAUUGUUAUAA